CCGAAGGCGUUCUACUUCCGUUAAACUCUGGCAACAGGAAGUGAUGACAGACUGCUUCGCUGGGCACUUGGAAAUCUGAAUAUCUGCGCUUCAAAAUAUAUAUUUGUGGUUAUGUCUGCGAGAAACCCGGGGACCCAACUCGAUCUGGAGUGGGUCUCCAAAGUGAAAGUGAACACCCAAGCUGUACUGAGAAGAGCUCAGUACAUCCAAGGAUUGAAGCUCCCCAAGAAACAGUGGCAGGCUGCCUGGCUUUUGAAGGCCAUCACAUGUAUCGACCUGACGACUCUGGCCGGAGACGAUACGCCGUCCAACGUCCACCGGCUGUGCAUGAAGGCCAUUCAGCCCGUCCAGUAUGAGCACCUCAAGAAAAUGGACAUGCAUGAUAAAGGAGUGACCACCGGCGCUGUGUGCGUGAAUCCGUCACGCGUGGCCGAUGCGGUCAAAUCGCUAAAAGCCGCCAACUCCAAUCUUCCCGUUGCAUCGGUGGCGACCGGUUUCCCGGCAGGUCAGACCCCACUGGAGACGCGGCUGACGGAAGUUCGCAUGGCCGUGGCGGACGGCGCGACGGAGAUCGACAUUGUCAUCAACAGGACGCUCGCUCUCACGGGGCAGUGGGAAGCCAUGUAUGACGAGAUCUGUCAGUUCCGAGAGGCCUGCGGCGAUGCUCACAUGAAGACCAUCCUGGCCAUCGGCGAGCUGGGCACCUUCACCAACGUCUACAAGGCCAGUUUGGUCGCCAUGAUGGCCGGUUCCGACUUCAUCAAGACGUCCACUGGAAAGGAAUCAGUCAAUGCCACCUACCCUGUCGCUAUCGUGAUGGUGAGGGCCAUCCGCGACUACUUCCUACGUACGGGCCACAAGGUGGGCUUCAAGCCAGCGGGGGGCAUCCGAACCGCCAAAGAAUCUUUGGUGUGGCUUCUUCUGAUCAAAGAGGAGCUGGGCAAUGACUGGCUGACUCCUCACCUCUUUCGCUUAGGAGCCAGCAGCCUGUUGGCUGACAUCGAGAGACAGAUUUAUCAUCACGUCACGGGACAAUAUGCCGCCUACCAUGAGCUUCCAAUGGCCUGAAGCUCUCUCUGGGGAUGUUCCAAAAGCCACGCCCCCAGGCCUCUCUGAAGCACUUGCGCGCCUCCAAUCAAA